GUCUUCAUAUUCAUGAAUGGAUUCUUCUCUUCCCUUCAUUUUAUUUCGAUCUCUAGCUGCUGAAGUUAAAACUAGUAUAAAUUAUAUCGUUACAGAAACGUAUUCACAAUGUUGAAAUUCAGUGUGUUUAAUUUAUUACUACUUGCGGCGGUGCUGCAGGGGGCAUUCGCUUUAAGAGAAGGCGAAUGUGAAGUGUGCGUGAAAACAGUCGAGAAAUUCGCAGCCACGUUAUCAGACGCCGUAAAGAAAGACGCCAAAUUGAUAGAACUUGAGUUCAAGGGAUUCUGCAAAAACUCUAAAGGCAAAGAGAACAGGUUUUGCUACUAUUUAGGUGGCCUAGAAGAGUCUGCGACUGGUAUCUUAGGUGAGCUCUCGAAGCCGCUGAGUUGGUCAAUGCCUGCUGAUAAAAUCUGUGAAAAGUUAAGGAAAAAGGACGCCCAGAUCUGCGACCUGCGAUUUGACAAGCAGAUCGACUUAAACAAUGUUGACUUAAAGAAAUUGAAGGUCAGAGACCUGAAGAAGAUCCUGAACGACUGGGACGAGGUGUGCGACGGCUGCAUCGAGAAGACGGACUUCAUUAAGAGAAUAGAAGAGCUCAAGCCUAAAUAUAUGAAUAGUGGUCGAUCUGACUUGUAAUAGUUCAAUAAUAGAUUAAUAAAUAAAAUGUGAUAUCAACAUCAACAACUAGACUCCUUUGUCUAGCCUGAAUAGAACAUCAACAUUGCAUUUAAGGACUCUGUGAGUGUUGUGUAAAUGUUUGUGCACAUUGAAGUAAAUUAUUGUAAUUAUUAAGUAAAUAUUUUUAUGAA